UGCCGACGAACCCAGUAACGUCACAAAGUUUGUUUUUCUUUUAAGUUCAGCGGCAGAAGGGGGAUAAUUAGUUGGUUUUGAGUAAUUGAAGCAUCAUCCACUCAUGACGGGGCAUACGGUUCACCUUAUUGACGAGUUCCGGGACCUGUGCCGAUAGUCCAAUACAAGUUUUUCGGGUUUGGUCCGGCACGAAGUUGCUGGAACCGCAGCAGGAGGAGGAUGUUGGCGGCGGAAGUGGUUACUUGCCAGGAGACGGUGUUUUUGAGAGGUCAAAAAGGACCGGUGUAGGUUGGGUUCGAGUGGGAGGACGUGGUGGCAGCGAUGACAAGGAUGAAGUUGAAGAAGGCAUGGAGGAGGUGAUUAGAAGCGAUGAUUAUAGUGCUCCGCGAUGGAAAAGAACCCGAGUCAACUUGGAAGAUCCGCUUACGCUGGCCAAAGCAAAUCAUAGACUUCCGGUGCGGUGGAAUGCAAAGCAGGAUUGUCACCAGCAGUCGUACGAGGGAGAUCGUACUUGGACUCAACUGACCGCAGAAACGGAACUGGUGUAGCACAUGUCGUUCAAAUGUUCCGCCGGAAAUGCUGGUGUUCUGACGCGUCGGACGUUCAACACUACCAGCCUCUGGAAAUAACGGCCAAACGGGACGAAGUGUUCGACGAGGUGGCCUGCGAGCUGGGCAUGUAAGUAGCAGGCAAGUGCAGUAGCCAGUACGUGCUUCAAAAGUCGGCCUACAUUUGUGAGGGUGACCUCACCGAGUACAUCAAGUACCGUGGAGGCCAAACCGGUGCGCAUGUCGGCCAUAAUUCCAGACGAGGUCAAGCUGCAGUUUUCCUUUUUGGCCAAGUACAAAUUGGAGGUGAGCGAUCGAGUCAUCAAGUACGUCCCUCCAAUUCUGAGCACCACGAUGAAGAAGGUAAAGAAUGAGGAAGUGCUGGCUGAUCCAAAGAUCAAGCGCGAGAACCCCCCACUCUGCAGUUCGUCUUUCUUGGCAAGAAGGAAACCCCUAAAGAUCAACUACGGGUCAAGAUCCUCAAGCCGAACGGCAAAGUGGCCCUCAAAAUCACCAACACGAUCGCGGCCAUCGACCGGCAGGAGACCAAAGAUAUGUAGAUCCAGGUCGUGCCGGAAGAUUAUAUCGAGGAUGCCAAGGCCGGUGGCGUGAUUUCAAGCAUCACGAGCAAGUCCAUCUGCAAUUGGGGCUCUGAUCUGCAUAGCCGAAUCCCGCAGGACGAAGUUAAAUCCAAAUCGAAAAAAAAAACAUCUACACCAAAUCCGUCUCGUCGAAGGUGACGCUGAAGGGCGGUCUCGUGGUCGAUCCCGACUCCGGGCUUUGAUUUCAAGCUAUUAAGUGCUGUCUCGAUUCGCCCCAAUUGACGGCUUUUCCUACCUAUUCCUCAUUUCAAACAAGUCGACAAGCGACAUAAGUUGUACUCUC